CUCCGCCGGGCGCUCCGGGGAUCAGCUGGCGGGCGGGCGGGCGCCGAACGCGGCCCCGGCUCUCGCUGCAGCGCCGCCUCCUCUCCUUGUCGCAGGCCGGCCCGGCGGCCGUGACAAUGUUGCGGCGCUGGUAGCUGGGUGCCGGCCGCCAAGCCAUCUCAAGUUUAAACUUACACGAAUCGCUCUCUUGAGGAGGAGGGGACCGCCGCGCGAUUGACACGCAUAUUCCUAUAGGCAUCCUCCCUCAGCCCCCACCCCCUCGGCCGGAUUCGGGUGGCUCCUCUCCUAGCUGAAAUCCGAGAAGAAAUCCUUGGAUCUCUUGUUUUAAAAAAAAAAAAGAAAAUCUAGAAACCGUCGGUAUUUUGCUUUACUGCUUCCUUUUCGCAAGAUGAAGAAGUUUUUCGACUCCCGGCGAGAGCAGGGCGGCUCUGGCCUGGGCUCCGGCUCCAGCGGAGGAGGGGGCAGCACCUCGGGCCUGGGCAGUGGCUACAUCGGAAGGGUGUUUGGCAUUGGGCGACAGCAGGUCACUGUGGACGAGGUGUUGGCGGAAGGUGGAUUUGCUCUCGUGUUUCUGGUGAGGACAAGCAAUGGGAUGAAAUGUGCCUUGAAACGCAUGUUUGUCAACAAUGAGCAUGAUCUCCAGGUGUGCAAGAGAGAAAUACAGAUAAUGAGGGACCUGUCGGGGCACAAGAACAUCGUGGGUUACAUUGACUCCAGUAUCAACAAUGUGAGUAGCGGUGACGUGUGGGAAGUGCUCAUUCUGAUGGACUUCUGCAGGGGAGGCCAGGUGGUCAACCUGAUGAACCAGCGCCUGCAAACAGGUUUUACAGAGAAUGAAGUACUCCAGAUAUUUUGUGACACCUGUGAAGCUGUUGCCCGCCUGCAUCAGUGCAAAACUCCCAUUAUCCACCGUGACCUGAAGGUUGAAAAUAUUCUCUUGCAUGACCGAGGCCACUACGUCCUGUGUGACUUUGGAAGUGCUACCAACAAAUUCCAGAAUCCACAAACUGAAGGAGUCAAUGCAGUAGAAGAUGAGAUUAAGAAAUACACAACGCUGUCCUAUCGAGCACCAGAAAUGGUCAACCUGUACAGUGGCAAAAUCAUCACUACGAAGGCAGACAUUUGGGCUCUUGGAUGUUUGUUGUAUAAAUUAUGCUACUUCACUUUGCCAUUUGGAGAGAGUCAAGUGGCAAUUUGUGAUGGAAACUUCACAAUUCCUGAUAACUCUCGAUAUUCCCAAGAUAUGCAUUGCCUAAUUAGGUAUAUGUUGGAACCAGACCCUGACAAAAGGCCAGAUAUUUACCAGGUCUCCUACUUCUCAUUUAAACUACUCAAGAAAGAAUGCCCAAUUCCAAAUGUACAGAACUCUCCCAUUCCUGCAAAGCUCCCUGAACCAGUGAAAGCCAGUGAGGCAGCUGCAAAAAAGACCCAGCCAAAGGCCAGACUGACAGAUCCCAUUCCCACCACAGAGACUUCAAUUGCACCCCGCCAGAGGCCUAAAGCUGGGCAGACUCAGCCCAACCCGGGAAUCCUUCCCAUCCAGCCAGCCCUGACACCUCGAAAGAGGGCCACGGUUCAGCCCCCACCUCAGGCCACAGGAUCCAGCAACCAGCCUGGCCUUUUAGCCAGCGUUCCUCAACCAAAACCCCAGCCUCCACCCAGCCAACCCCUACCGCAGCCUCAGCCCAAGCAGCCCCAGGCUCCGCCCACCCCACAGCAGCCGCCUUCCACCCAGGCCCAGGGUCUGCCCACCCAGGCCCAGGCCACACCCCAGCAGCAGCAGCAGCAGGCGGCACCGCCUCCUGCACAGCAGCCAGCGGGCACAUUCUACCAGCAGCAGCAGCAGCAGGCCCAGGCUCCGCAGUUUCAGGCAGUACACCCUGCAGCCCAGCAACCAGCGAUCGCUCAGUUCCCCGUGGCAGCCCAAGGAAGCUCUCAACAGCAGCUGAUACAGAGCUUCUACCAGCAGCAGCAGCUGGCCACAACCCUGCAUCAACAACAACAGCUGCUGACUCAGCAGGCUGCCUUGCAGCAGAAGACCGCAGUGGUAGCCCUACAGCAGGCCCAGGCACAGCCAGCCACAGCCCCCCAGCCAGCCCCUGCCCAGGAGCCAGCGCAGAUUCAAGCCCCCAUAAGACAGCAGCCAAAGGUUCAGACAACCCCACCUCCUACCAUCCAGGGGCAGAAACUCGGAUCUCUCACUCCUCCAUCGUCCCCCAAGGCCCAGCGUGCUGGACACAGGCGGAUUCUCAGCGACGUGACCCACAGUGCAGUCUUUGGGGUCCCUGCCAGCAAAUCAACCCAGCUGCUCCAAGCAGCUGCAGCUGAGGCCAGUCUCAAUAAGUCCAAGUCUGCAACCACCACUCCUUCAGGCUCCCCUCGGGCCUCCCAGCAAAACGUUUAUAAUCCUUCAGAAGGUUCUACAUGGAAUCCCUUUGACGACGACAAUUUCUCCAAACUCACAGCUGAAGAACUGCUGAACAAGGACUUUGCCAAGCUGGGGGAAGGCAAACAUCCUGAGAAGCUUGGAGGCUCAGCUGAGAGUUUGAUCCCAGGCUUUCAACCAACCCAAGGUGAUACUUUUGCCGCUUCCUCAUUUUCUGCUGGAACUGCUGAAAAAAGGAAGGGUGGGCAGACUGUGGAUUCUAGCCUUCCUCUUCUAAGUGUAUCUGAUCCUUUCAUUCCUCUUCAAGUACCUGAUGCACCAGAAAAACUAAUCGAGGGACUCAAAUCUCCUGACACUUCUCUUCUGCUCCCUGACCUCUUGCCUAUGACAGAUCCUUUUGGUAGCACUUCUGAUGCUGUAAUUGAAAAAGCUGAUGUUGCUGUUGAGAGUCUGAUACCAGGACUGGAGCCCCCGGUGGCCCAGCGCCUCCCAUCUCAGACGGAAUCUGUGACCUCAAACCGCACAGAUUCUCUCACCGGGGAAGAUUCCCUGAUUGAUUGCUCUCUGCUUUCUAACCCUACUACUGACCUUCUGGAAGAAUUUGCCCCCAUAGCGAUCUCUGCUCCGGCCCAUAAAGCUGCAGAAGAUAGUAAUCUCAUCUCAGGUUUUGAUGUCCCUGAGGGCUCGGACAAGGUGGCAGAAGAUGAGUUUGACCCUAUUCCUGUAUUGAUAACCAAAAACCCACAAGGUAUCCAGAGAGAGCCCAAUCCCUAUCCUGUAAUAACUGUAGAGCACUUUAAAGAAUCAACGGGUUUUAAAGGCCUUCCCCUGUAUCCAGACCCCUCCAGAGUACCUGGAACGAAAACUCAGAACAGUUUAGAAUAUGACUACUUGGCCCGAGAUGGCCCUUCCAGCAACAGCUCGUUCCACAGCAGUGAAGAGGAAGGGACCGACCUCGAGGGGGACAUGCUGGACUGCAGUGGGUCUCGACCUCUCCUCUUGGAGUCGUCAGAAGAGGAUGAGAGCUGCAAGCCUCCGCAGGGGAAGCUGGGAGGAGCCACCCCCUUCACUCAGCCAGAAGUCUCUCCUGAGCAAGGCAAGGCAGCGCAAGGUGGAAGAAAGAACCAGUUCGGAGCCCUCACGCAGCCAACCGCUGAUGGACUCGGUGAGCCAGAUGUUUUCGCCACUGCCCCCUUCAGGAGCUCGAGGGUUCCCCCUGAUGACGUGGACAUUUUCACCAAAGCCCCAUUUGUCUGCAAGGGCAGCGUGGCUCCUUCCCAGCCAGAGGAGGCGGACGUGUUCUUGAGAGCUCCUUUCACUAAGAAGAAAAGCAUGGAGGAGUUAAACGUUGCCCAGAGCGCCUCCCCGGAGUCCCCUGCGCAGCCCGGUCUCCUCCGUCAGACCAGUGACAUUCCUCUGCUCCCGGGCCUUGAUCGAGCCGUGCAUCCCUCUGUACGAGCUCAGUAUUCCAUGGCUGGUUUUGCCCAACCGUCUAACCACCCCUCCCAUUCUGUACAAGCAGCAGACCAUCUUGACAGCGUCUCUCCCAGGGGCCCCUCUCUGGAAUCUGGGGCCCAUCCUAAUGACAGAAACAAAGGACCUCAGCCCCAGAAAGAAUCUGUCUCAGUCCCCGUGGCUGGCAAACCGUUCCGCCCUCAGUCUUUAUCCAAAUAUUCCCGUCACUAUAGCCCGGAAGAUGAGCCAAGUCCAGAAGCCCAGCCCAUCGCUGCCUACAAAAUUGUUUCGCAAACCAAUAAGCAGUCGAUAGCUGGCUCUGUUUCCAUCACGUCCCUUUCCUCCAGGACUACGGAGCUGCCAGCGGCUGAUCCUUUUGCUUUAGCACCCUUUCCUUCGAAAUCAGGCAAGCAGAAACCUUAGGAGCCAUACCUGAGCCUUAGGCCUCUGUCUCUACCCCACCCUUAAUACCCACCACAUCACUCCCAGCUGAGCCUUCCUAAGAAGAAAUAUUGACAUAUCAAUUAUUAUCUUUCAGUUCCAUAGUCAGCAGGACUUCUUCAGUCAGCAAACUCCGUCGAGGUGAUAACUUAGUUGAAACUCCUUUAACUUAUGCUCAAUUCUUUUGUUUAUAUUGAUUUCUGGACUUUCAGGCAUUUCCAUCUCCACCUCCACCCAGAGCUCUGCUUUUUGUUGUUUGCCUAGAAACUGUUUAAGUCUAGAACUACUUCCCAGUAAAUCCAGAAAUAACUUCCCAAAGGGGCCAGGUUAUUGCUAGUUUGACUCCUGUAGUUCCUGUCCUGAGUCAUGUCUAUCGAGGAAUCAAGAUGAGUUCCUCCCAGACUUGGUUUCAUACUCUUGAAAAGGGUAUAUUUCAGGAAAGAAAACCAGAUAAAAAUUCUGCACAUCAAAAAGAAGUGUAAUCCCGCAGAUACUAAUCAUUCCUGUGAAGCCGGCAGCUCUAGAAUUCUCUGGAUCUGAGUCUGUGCAAGCCACACUGGUCCUCGUGCGUGAGUGUCUGUGGGUGUGUGACGUGUGUCAGAUCCUUUGUAGAAAUGCAAACAGAUAUCUGUGCUUGUGUCUAAUAGUGUUGAGCCUUCCCCAUGUGCACACUUUAAAAAUUCGUGUGAGCACACAGCUAUGUGUGUGCAUGUCUGUGUGCACAGGAAACAUUCUUCCUUUCACUAAAUCCUGUCCCACCUCGCGUACCUCCACAAUCACUCAUUUGCUGGCGUUGGUCUCCUGACCUAACUGACCUGAACCCUGUUUUUAUUGAGUUCUUUUCUCAUGGCAAAAUUGAAUUCAUUGGAAUGUAUAGGAAAAUCCUGUUGGAACUGAAGUUUCUAAGGUAGAUUUUUUUUUUUCCCUCUAGAAUUUGCUAUGAACAAAUUCCAUUUACACAGGCUUGAAAAAUUAAUUAUCCUUAUACAGUUCCCCCUCAGAACAAUAGAAAAGAGCACAUUGUUACAGUUCCAACCACUGGGUUUGUGGUCUAAGUAAUUUUAAAAAGUACUUAAAAAACCUUAGGUCUGAGGCACUCCAUGCUGUCAAUGCGAAAUUAAUUAAUCAUGAGACUAGGCUACAAACUAGAUUUGCUUGUUUGUUUUUCCACAUCCUUGUCACCUUUGUCUACUGCUUCUUGAGGAAAUAGAAAUCUGAGACGUGUACAUAAGUUUGGGAGAAAGGAAAAGAGCUGAACCAGCCAGCCAUGAAAACCUUUCGAUUCUCUGUCCCCUUGGAUGCUAAAGUAGGUCAGAUAGGUGCCUCCCUUGUGUUUUUGAAAUGUCUUGUAUUUCUGGAAAGAUCUGACUUAUUCUUGGCUGUUUUCUUACCCUUUAUUAUUAGUGCCUUAAAAUGAAACUUACGUCUCAGUGGGAAGAUUUCUGCUGAAGAUGUUCAAUUUCCUACUUCAACUUGAAAGCUUCCUGUGACUUGUAGUAAAUGUUAGUGAUUUCUCCGUUAGCUGGAGAUGUUGGGAGAGUUGCUUACCAACCCAGAUUGAUGAUUUAAGAAUUAUGGGAAAUUUGUCCAAGAAUCAAGCCUGAAUGCCAAACUCAACUGCAGUUAAGUGUCAUACUUUUAAAUUUGAAGUUCAGGGAUCUUGGCAGUAAAAUCUGAACAGAUACUUUUCAAGACUUUUUCUAGUUUAGUCUCCACCUAUUUCAGCUGUCCAGGUUAAAAGAUAAAUUUAAAUAAUAGGCACUGGAUCAGGGCUCCUAGCAAUGAUUUUCCAACUGAGGUUUCAGCGGUGCUGGUCCUUCACUUUUAUGGAUGCUAAGUGUUCAUUGGGCUUUUCUCCCAAUGAUCAUUUCCGCGUUUUCUGUGUAACAGUGGAUGUAGAAUCAUCUUUCCAGUUGAAUAGUUUUGGCUAACAGGUGUGGAACUUAGCACCCUAAACUCUUCCCUUGCCUUUAUCAAUUAAAGCCUUCACGUGCAGGAGUGAAAAGGAUGGGAAUAUUCAAGGAGAGUUCUCACCCCAGAAACUCUUAAAGCAGAAGGUCAUUCUAAUUCACCAGAGGUAUUCAGGAUUACCUCUGUAACAGCCCUGCAAAAUGACUUUCCUUUGGUUGUUUGAUCACUCCCCUCCUGAUCAUUUUAGUUCUCAAGGUGAAAAUCAAUAAAAUCUUGGUAAUUUUAUUACAUAAUUGAAUCAUUUGUCAAGCUGUGCUUGUAAUCCUUUUUUAUUCUCACUGGAGACCUAUGAUGGCUGGAGACUCUAAAUACCUUUUUUUGAACAAGAAAUGAAUAUAAACACAUGCAAAUUAAUUUUGUGUUGUUCUUAAUGAUGCAUGAAAAUUUGGGGACUAUC